AUGAUACUCAUCGAUGUCCAUUUUAUCUUCUACUCCACAGAAAGAAGAGAGAUAGAUCUUCCAGAAUUGUCAGCAGAUCUUAUUGAAGAGUUUUUCAUCACCAUGGACCAUGAAAUCAAUUUACCACCAGAUCAACCUGCGUCUCGAGCUGAUGCUCUUCGCGAACCUUCACCACCGCCACAUUCGACAGCCACAACUACUCUUCGCCUUCCUGCUCGUCUGCCUCCGCAUGAUCAAUAUUCAUACCAAGCAUUGCAAAGCCAUAAUCCAUCGCUUAGUUGUCAGUCCUCUGGAUCCUCUUGGACGACUUCUGGAGGUAGACACGUGGAGAUUGAGUCAAGCCAAAUGACCUCAUCUCCUCGCCCUGACGACAGCAAUAAAGACGACUUGAACACUCCCGUAACUCAGGCCUAUUUUGCUAAUUCAAGCCAGAGAUACGCGACAGAUGUGGGGAAAUGUACAUAUACUUCGUUGCCCUUUGAGCAUUUCCAUACGGCGGCGGAGACCACCCGUACCCUACCCCCGUUCUGCUCUUCCCAUCUACCAUCCACACAAGGCAGAGUGCUUUCGCCGGGACCAUACUCUCCAGUCUCCCCAACCGUGAUACAUGCUGCCUCGGUGUGUUCACCAUAUUCCACCCUUUCUCCAGCCUCUUCUGCCUCCUCCGCUGUACCAUCCUUACACUCCUACCCUUCCCCUUCGUCGUCUCACUCCAGCUCAUCCUAUAACACACCACCUCCGAAUUCUGCUUACGGCCAGACCACCCCUCCUCCGUUCCCCACCCAUCUGUACUUCCCACGGCCCAGCUUACUUACCGGUUGCUGCGCGAGGACAACGCCUGUGUUGCCCAUGCGACCAGAUAGCCAAACACACCACCAAUCAGCGUCCAGCCCCAUUUGCUAUCCCAGCAGCAUCGGUUCCACGCAUGCAGUGUCAUUUGGCCACCGAUUGUUGCCUUCCGAGGUGCCCAUGUCACAAACCUCAACCUUUGGCUGCGACGAAGGUCGUAUCUUUAAUUCACCGGCUUGUCAGCCUCCAAUGGAAGCAUCACAAUCCCCAAGUCUGCUCUCGUAUAAUGAAGAUCUCGAAAAGGUCCAAGGAACUUUUGAGACAUCAAAAGAGAAAUUUUGUCGGAACCCAGUAAGACGGAGUCUACCGGCCAAGCUAUCGAUGUCUCCGCGGGUUGUAGAUUGUUCUACCUCGAGGAAGAGAUCAAGGCGCUGGAAGACAGCUGCCAGGGACCUGCUGACCGAAAUGUUGCCAGAUGUCAGUGUACAAUAA